GUUGGCCAGUUUGCAGCAGGGUGACGUAUUUCUAUCGUCCUGGUCCAAUGUAGGGGCAAUGACAACCUUACCACCCCCUUCCAGGAAGCCUUGUACCGCCUCACACCGGCUGCACACCAUUGCUCGGGUGCUGACCUCCUCACUGCCAACGAUGUUGACAACGCUGACACGUGCAGAGAGGACAUGGAAUCGCCAAUGGACGACUGGGAUGACUCAAUGUUCCUCCUGGUUUACAUCCUGUUGCAGUGGAUGAACCAUAGGAACGUUGUGGCGAUGGUCGUCAUCGAAGCGACCGCUGCGGUGCCUACGUCCGUGCCAGGCAUGUCCAAUGCUCUUCUGCUGCUCGCUGGAGCUGCAAUGCACGGCAUGUCCUUGGCAUCCACGGUGUUUGCCGUGGUGGGUCGACGUAUGGAUGACAGACGACGAAUUUGGGUUUUGCAACGCAGCGGGGGUGUGUGGGAGGAUCUCCAACGGGUUGGCGGCCGGCACGAGAAGGUGUUUCAGCGAUUCUGCAGACUCUCCCGACCGUUGUUCGAAGAGGUGCUAGCUCGCAUUGCUCCUCAUAUCCAGAGGCAGGAGACGAACUGGAGACAACCUGUACCGGUAGCCCAGAAAUUUGCUUGCGCGCUCAUGCGAUGGGCAAGUGGAGUGUUCUACAGGCAAUCGGCACAUUCCCUGGGUAUCGGACUUGCGAGUGCCCUACGCAGCAAUGAGGAUGUCACUGACGCCCUCAUCAACGAAUAUGGCCACCUUCUUCAAUUCCCAACUGAUCAAAGGCUUCAAGACACAAUUGAUGCUUUCGAACGGAAAGGAUUCCCCGGUUGUGUCGGGGCAAUCGAUUGCACCCACGUUUACAUAGAGAAGCCGAGGAAUGAGAGGGGAGAGUGUUAUUACGAUCGGACAGGUCAGUUUUCCAUCGUUGCACAAGUGGUGUGCGACCACGAGUGUCGUAUCACGAGUGCAUUUGUGGGAAGUCCCGGAUCUGUUAACGGCAGCCGUGUACUCCGAGUCUCCCCUGUUUAUAGACAAGCGCAAGGGGGAACGGGGGUGUUCGCGACGGGGAGUGAAGUCCUUCGCGAUGGAUGGAGGGGGGGCAGGUAUCUCCUGGGUGACGCCGGUAACCCGCAGCUACCAUGGUUGAUGACACCCGUCGGAGGGAGCAACAAGACGCCAACAGAGCAAGUUUACGAUGACUGUCAUACGUCAGCAAGGUCAUGCAUCGAGCGCACGUUCGGGAGGUUGAAGAAGGUGUGGAGGAACUUCAUGAGGCGACAGAUCGUGAACAUGAAAACUCUUCGCAAAGAGUUCAUGGCCAUCUGCAUACUCCACAACAUCAUGGUCGACUCCAAUGUGGAGAUUGAUCGUGGAGUGAGGUAUAGUGGAUUGAUGGGGGGUGUUCUGAGUCGUUUCUAAAUUUUGCUUAGUCAUGAAGAUUGCCAACAGGCUGCGAUAAAGGCGGCAUAUACUG